AUGAUCUAUUAUUUAUUUGCCCUAUCGGCUGUGCUUAACCCUAUUCAGUGUUUGCGUCAAGUUCGGAUAGGCGCUCCCAGAACAGCACGGGAGUAUUACGUUUCCUCAGGCUCUACAGACCGGAUUGAACCAGCCGAAUGGCCGGCACCAACGAGCCGAGAAGCAUUCCCUCCUCCCUAUAGCCCAAAGCCCCAGCUGGAGCUCGUCGAAUCCAUUUCCCAACCGGUACCCGACAACACCUUCCUUUCCGAGGAAUAUUUUCGGACUGAGAAAAUACCUGUGGUAUCCGAAUCGACAACAACGAUACCGUACCUAAAAAAGAAGGCCAGAAUCAAGAAAAGGGUCAUACAACCUUAUCAAACUCAGAUCCAACAAUAUUAUGUCCCAGCCGUAGCACCGCAAGAGAAUUAUAUCGAAAUGCCGGCGAUUGUUGAUAAAGAAUCGAAUGUCGAAUAUUCGAAGGCAAAUUUAGUGGCAAUGUGUGCGGAGACUAGAAAGAUGGGUUCUUCUUGGGGAAUUUCCGAUAUUGCCGACUUUGCCUCGAGGAAUUGCGUGUUGAUUCGGAUGUAUUAUCCAAAUCAUCACUACUCCCAACCCCAACCUGCUCAACCAGUCAUUGAACACGCCCCCAUCCUCCCACCAAAACCAUCAGCUCCAGUCAUUGAGCAGCAACAACAACAAGUCCAACCGGAAGUUCAACCCCAAUUCCAACAUGAAACCCCGGAACAACGAUUCCCAUCUCAUCAAUCCUCCGUCGAACCCCAGCCACUGCCACACCAAUCUUCUGCCGAACCCGUGUUCCCUCCUUCGCAUCAAUCAUCUGUCGAACCCCCUCAACAAUACCAACAUCGAUAUACUGACCCGUAUUAUCAACAACAACAACAGCCACCUCAACAUGAAUUUUCGGAUUACUAUCAACAUGAAAGCCAACAACAACAAACCUCAAAGCCUGAACCCGAAACGGCAUCCCAUUGGGAUCAGCCUCCUCUUGAAGACGUGAAACCAGAUACUGCCCUCGAUUUUGGAUUUGAGCAGCAGGUUCCGGAGGCCGAGCCCGUGCAUUCUAAUAACUACUUGCAAAUGGAGGAACCGGUAUUGCCGCCGCCAAUUGAGGAAAAGCCUGAGGUGCCGGAAGUGGAGAAUAAAUGGCCGGAAAUUGAGGAAGUCGAGCCAAAACCCGAGGUCCUCGACGAACAAAUGAUGCAGCGGGUGCUACAACAAGAAAUCGACAGCACCCACGAGGAUGCGGAUGAGCUAUUCCCGAGGAGAUCUUCGGUUCAAGAUACCACCCCAACGACACGUCGCAACUCUGGACCAGGACGUCCCAUUGCUGAAUCUACCCCAAAUGAUGUUGAUCAAGGGCUUGACAUUACCGUACCUUCUCCGACCGAUACUCCAGUGAAGAAGGAGCUCAACACCCAGUUGUCGGAUACGCAGAAUAGCGAUCGGACCAGCGACGGGUUCGUGAAGGUUCAAAACUUCACGCCGGAAACUGAGGCCGAGUAUUCGGCUGCGAAUCCGUUGUUCAGCUGGAAUGCUGGCGGGAAGCCGGUGUCGAGGACUUUGAAUACGAGCGGCCGCUAUUCCGUUGACGACUACCGAGAACAAGAAGCGAACGACAGCGGCGCUUCCAGUAUCCUUACUCGAGCCCAAAUCUCAAAUCAAUAUAUGGAGUACAAAAAGAGAAUCCCGCAAAUCGUCAGCCGCCAAAGCAUCCUCCGAGGGCCCAAUGGGCAAGUCAUCGGCCGGCCGAAUCCUCUCUUUGAGGAGGGACGCCGCUCGGUGACCAGCCGGACCAACAACCACUCCAGGCCGGCCAGCGCUCACUACGAUGUUAUACCGCAGAAAUCUGGUGAUGGAAACUCCUUCCUGACCAAUCCAGAUGGUCCGCUUGAAUACUCAAUGGACAGCCCUCAUUCCGCUUAUGGAGACAAUUUUGUGGAGAACUCGAGACGAAGCCGUCUUCAUCGAGCUUCACAAGGAUAUCGGCCUCAGAUUCGGCAAGAUCGGUAUCCAAGGCAACCACAUGCAUACCAAAGCAACGGCGGAAGAAGAAGUGUGGCUGGGUACGGUGAUAUGGGAAUGACGGAGCAACACGUCCGACGGCCACAGAGCAGCUACGAUCCCCGUGCAUUGGCCAGGAUGGAACGUUCUGGGCUUGGAAUCGAGCAUUACGACGCGUUUAACAGUCCGGGGAUGAGCAGCGAAAGCGCUGAUGGAGCUGAUUCAGACGCUGAAAUGGCCCAAUACAACGUCCCCGUCCAACAAGCCCAACGCCACUUCAGCAAGGCCGAAAUCUACUACAUCGGCUCGCUUCGAGUUCCAUUGGGAAAAUUCAUCACAACCGUCCGUCAAUUCCCACCACCACCCCAAUACGAUGCCCUCAACGCCAUGGAGAAAGUGGCAUUCGUUUUCUACACAGCCCUCUGGCAGCGACAGUACUUUGAUGUGGAGGACUUCCGGAAGAAGUUCAACCGGGAUUACUAUGCGUUGACGGCUAGUGGAGUGCCGAAUGACGAGGCGUUGUACAGGAUUUGCGCCGAAAUGCAAACGCGCUACAGUCAGCUGAACAAAGAUCGAUACACCAGCGCGCAGAAGCAGCUGUUUAGCGAUGAGCGUGACAGUCAUGAUGAGGAGGAACGCACCUUCUUACCCAAUCGUCAUUGUUUGGAUGAUGAUGAUCAGAGCGAGCGUGGAAGUGGUUACGGUGAAAGUGGAGAUGCGGAAAGUGUCGAUUUACAAACGCGCGGACCAACAAAAUACUCCGAUCGCUGCUCUUUCUCUAUGAUGGGACCUCACGGACAAGUUCUUGUCAUCGACCCAAAAAGACUCGGGGCUGAGAUUAUGUUCACCAACAUCCAAAGAUCCAUCAGUUGUGGCCAAGACGAAAAGGCCAAACGGCUGCAGCACAUCGUGCAAAUGUUCCGCGGCCCAUUGACAACGAGCACACCUUCACAUAUCGUGACGCUAUACAUCCAGCGUCAGCUUCAGCAGCUCGAAAUGACGGAGGUGGCGCAGGAGAAUGCUUUCGACAAUGAUGUGAUUGAUUGUCGAUUGUUGUGGAAGUUGUUGGAGACGUUGGUUCAGCAACAUGGGCGCGUAACCGGCCCUGACAUUGCACGUCUACUACUAAAAGCUGCUCCAGCGAGAAGUCGUGAAACAUCGUCAACACCCACGUAUCAACCUGUCGAUGGAAGUCAACGAAAACUUUUUGACGAGUUUAUACUCCAAGGUCAUAUUGAUGAGGCCAUAGACACCGCUCUACGAAAUGAAAUGUACACUGAGGCCCUGCUUUUGGCCAGAAGGGUUGCACCGCAGAGAAUCGAGGAAGUGGAGAUGCUCUAUAUGACGAGUCGACUACAUAAUCAUCCUAUCACCACACUGCUGACGGUCGCUGCCAAUCAUAAGGCUCCUGUUUUGGUAAAUCCGGCAACAGAUGAUGGUGGCAGCUGGCGUGCACAUGCUGCCAUCGUUUUGGCCAACCUUCAAACCGAAUGUGCCAUGUCGACGGUCUAUGAAUUGGGAAAAUUCUUGGCGCAAAAGGAAUACGAUGCCGCGGCCGAUUUCUGUUUCCUGGCCGUUGCAAUCCUGAAGCAAAGCAAUGUCUUCGUUCCACCCAAUGCUAACGGAAGUGCUAGCCGGGAACACAUCUCCCUUGUCAAUGCCAGUCUGCCGCAUGACAAGUAUAAUUCGACGGAAUGCAGCUAUGGCUUCUCCCUCACCAAUCUCCAUGCCACGGAAAUCUUCGCUUACGGCAUCUCCUUGGCGGGCGGCGAAAGCCAUCUCAUCCACUCCAUCGAAUUCCAAAAGACGCGCGUCAAAUACGCGAAACUCUUGGCUUCAAUGGGUUUCCCGAAACAGGCUUACAACUACGCCACAAAUAUCGCCCAGCAAAUCUGGCACAUCCGUAAUUACUUCCCGAUCGAUGUGUUGGUCGAUUUGUGCGAUGUGGCAUACCAGUGCUUGAUGUCGAAUGAAGAUCCGACAAAUGCGGCCGUGUGGAUCAACGAGCUACAAGACAUGAUCGAGCAGAACGCUAUCCAACCCCAGGGGCCUGUUCCUCCGCAGAAUAUCCCGCCACCGACUGUUCAGAAGCAGGAAACUCAACCUCCCAUGACCUACGUCCCACCACCAGUCCCAGCGGCAGCCCAAACUCCUCCACAACCCCCAGCACAUCAGCCUCAUCAACCGCCGGCACCCCAGCAAGCGGCCUACCAACCGCCAGCACCACCCGCAGCUUCACCACCACGAUCCCGUGUCAACUCCAUCACUUCUGAAGCUAACGAUUGGCAUAGCCAGCAAGACCCGAUCAGCAUGCACACAACUGAUCGUCGGGCGUCAAUCUCCAGCCAGGCCUCCGCUUCGAGGGCUCCUGCUCAUCAUUAUGCUCCUCCUCAGCCUUCUCAUCAGCAGCAACAUCAUCAGCAGCAGCAUCAGCAAUCUGCAUCCCCUCAAAACAGCGCUCCGCCCAGCCCUUUGGCUACUGUACCCGAGAUUCCGGAGUACAAAUGGGCGCCGCCUGCUCAGCAGCCACCACCACAACCUGUGAUGCAACAUCCGCAGCAGCAGCAACAUCAACAAAAUCAACAACAUCAGCAACAACAUCAGCAGCAACAACAUCAACAAUACCUUCAGGACUUCCAACAGCAACCGUCCAUUCCACACUCCACCCCCGCCCCACAGCGCCAACAACAACAACACCAGCAGCAACCACAACCUCAAGGCUCUAAAGAAAACUCCCCGGCCCGCCAAAACCCGGGAAUGGGCGGCAAGAGCGGUUCCGGGGGCUGGUUUGGCGCUAUCAAGUCGUCGGUCGCCACCCAGCUGCACAAGAUCGGCAGCAAGAACGAGGUGCAUCUGCCGGAUGACUCGAAAAAGACGAUCUACUACGACGACAAGUUGGGGCGAUGGGUCGGUGAAGGGGUCGAGGAGGAAGAGGCUCCGCCUCCGCCACCGGCUAUGGGGAUGCCAACUAUGCCCACAAUGGCACCGUUAGCUCCGGCUGGUGCGGCUACACCUACAGCUGGACCGCAGUCACCUCAAGGUCCUUCCUCCGGUCUUCGUGCUGCCCGUGCUGGUGGUGCUUCGCGUUACUUCAAUGGAGUCACUUCCGCUUCAUCAGCGGCUCAGGGCGCACCAAUGGCCGCCCCCACUGCCCCAGUAAUGAUGCCCAUCCCAACAAGCUUCAACUUCAUCCCCCAGAUGCCAGAUUCCGAAGAAUCCGUAGAUCCCUUCAGCGCGGCGCCUGCAGAACCCGAACAAGCCGCCGUUCAAGCAAAC